CCAGAGAAGCGAACCCCCGGGCGACGGUUGCGGAGCGACCGCGCGCGGGCCGCUCAUUCCCCGGCAGACCAGAGGCAGCGGAAAUCAUGCGUCCCGCUAAGUGAACACCAAGCGUCACCUACAGGGGCUGGUCACAGAGUUCUGGAUCAGAUAUCACCAGAGAAGGCAUUAAAACACUCAAGAAACUCCUGAUGCAGAACCGUAUUUUGACUUCUAUUUCAUUUGACUUGACUAUGAAAAAAGAUCUGGUGAUAUAAUAAAUCUUUUGUCAUCUAUGCUUGGAAAGAUAAUGCAAAUACCAAUAUGAAAGCAACAAAGCAGAUGAAACCCAGCACUAACAGAGAAACAAAUGCAGGAACAUCCAUUUUUAAAAAGAGUUCAUCUGUGUUACAAGGCUCAUCUCCUAGUAAUUCAAAGAUAAAACGUAAAAUAAAGUUCUUGGCAAAUGAAAGUGAGCCACUGGUGCUCGGACCUCCAUCUCCAGGAGAAUCUAUGGUAAAGUAUUCCAUACCAAUUCCAUCUGAAAAUAAACCUGAUAUGAUAGAUGAACUGCAGAUGCUAAAGGACAUCACUGAUCAUCUAAAUGAGCUUGUGCACACAAUGGAAUAUGUGUAUGCUAAGAAAGUUGAGGAGGAGGAGGAGGAGGAGGAAGAGGAAAAGGAAAAGGAAAAGGAAAGCUCAGUUGAAAGUCUUGAGGAUAUGACUACAUUCCUGCUAUGUUUUUCAUCAGCUACAACACAACUAGAAACAGCAUCUGAGGAAGAAAAACAAAUAUUAGAGUCUUUGCUUAAGUGGUUUGGAAAGAUAGUUCAGCAGACGGAAGAGCUAGGAGAAGAUGAACUUAUUCCAGAUUGGCAGCUACCUUUGGCUGAUAAAGACAUAACAAAUAACAUUGCUAAAUUAGUGCAACGCAUCCAAAAGCUUGAAGAACUGAAAGGCCGUGUUCAAGACCUGCCCAAGUCCAUCCAGAUUCCUGCAGCCAAGCAGGAAAAGAAAAAACGAGCAAGCCCAGUACCGUCAAGUCAUAGAGAUCCAAAGGCUAUUUUAGAAGAUCUUGUAAUGAAACAUGCAACUGAGGAUGUAGUGAGCAUGACACAUGCUCUUGAAGAUGACUUGACACCACAAACAAUUGAAACAAUGAGCACUCGCAUACUAGACAUAAUGAAAGUAUUUGAAAGACAAACAAAUAAAUUACAAAGAAUUUCAAAUGAACAAGAUGUCCUAGAAGGUAAAUACCAGAAGAUUCAAAAUGAAUAUCAGUUGCUAGCAGAAGAAAAACAGAUAAUGGAGAAUGAACUUCAAAAGAUGAGAGAGGAAGAAAAGCUAGGGAAAGAAAAAAUAAUACCAGAAUCCAGAAAGAGAUUUUUAUCAAAACUGGAGAGAAAACAACCUGUUGAGGAUGCUGAAGUAUCUUCCCUAUCAGGAGUUCAGGCAGCAGGAACCAUUAAUGGACACGGAGGGUGGGAAGCAAGGAGAGUUUCUGUUGUUCAAUCUAAAAAAGAAAGUGAAAAUCAGAAAAUGAAAGAAGAUUUAAUUAAAGCUCAGGAAAAUCUUCAAGUUCUUGAAAGAGAGAAGAAAAACCUUGAGGAAAAGUUACAAAAAGCUUUAGAGGAAGCUGUAAAAACUAACAGGCAAUUCACAAAAUCAGUGACACCUUCCCAUGUUCAAGAUACACACUUCAUUUAUCCUGAGGCUGAUGAGGAGAAUGCUGGCACUGAUAUGAAAAUAAAUGGUAAAGAUUUAUCAAAGAAAGGCAAAUCUCCAACAAAAUCUAAAGGUAAAGGAGAAGAUCAUACAUUUUCAAGACGCAAGUCUAUUAAUGAAACUGAUAAAUCAGUACAGAAAUUACCAGCAGUUGACACAGGAAAGCAAACAGGUGAACUACUUUCAAGGAAAACUCCAGUAGAAACUGAGAAAAACCAAGAAACUGUGACAUCUCAACUGAAAAAUGUUAAACUAGAGAAAAAAGUGUUAACUGAUAAAGAAAACGCUAAAGAUUAUGGAAUUCCAGCAAGCAGUUUAAAGGAAAAAGUCCUUGUUCAGGAGAGAGAACUGUAUAAAGCUAAAGAAUCUGCUGGUGUCAUGGAAGAGACUCCAAAACUUCAGUUUCCUCAGUCUGAAUCUGAGAGAGUACAGUAUACUCAUUCUACUGACAAAGAGUCACUCCCGUUGUUACCUGUUAAAAUCAAAGAAGAAUCAAAAGGGGAAAAAAAACAUACAGAAGAAAAGUCAGAAACUCCUUUGAAAUUAGAUCCCAAAGGAUCUACUAAACCUAAGAAAGCUGCAGAAACAAAAAAAGGAAAUUUAAUGAGAAAAAGCACAGGGAAAGAAACACACAUCACUGCAGUUUCAGAUCUCCCACAGUUACACAAAGUCCAAGAAGAAUCACCUUUGGACCUCUACUCAAAGAGUCAAGACAAGUCAUUACCAAGGGUUUUAGAUCAGCUUAUCUCAGCAAGGCAAGAGAAAAUAUCUCCAGAAAUCUCCCAGAAAAAGGAAGCACAAGUUGAAGCAACUCUUAACUCCAGUAUCCAAGAAAAUCCUUCUCUCUUCACAUACGAGAACCUAACAUUGCCAUCAACUUUAAUUCCCAAAGGUCAAGUUUCUUUUAAAGACGUACCGCCCAGUCACAAAGUAUCUUCUGCCAAAAUUAAAGAAGAAUCUCAAACAACUCCUAUUUCUCCUAUUGAAACGACACCUGCUACCAUAUCAUCUAAGAUUCUGGAAGAGGUAUCUGCAGUUUUCACUCCAGAGGAUAAGAUGAUAUCUACUACAACUUCUUCUGUCAAAGAAGACAGGGUUUUUCUGGGAGAUAGUCAAGGACCACUUGAAGUUUAUCAGCCUUAUGUACAAGAUUCUCCUAAAGCUUAUGAGAAUGUUCAUGGGCAUCUAGAAGAAUUUCAUAAAGAUCAAAAGUUCCAGGUUUCUCAAGAGGAUAUUCAAGGUCUUCUUAAAGAUCAUGAGACUAUAAUUUUGGAGAAUAUUUUACCCAGUGAAAAAAGUCUUCCAAGGAUUUACAAAGAGGCAGUAGAUCUUAAAGAAGAUUUAUCAGACACAGAAAGACUUCUGUUAACAAAUCAGUUGAAAAAUCUGAAUGAGAUUCAACAAGCACAGACUCUUAUUCUGGUAGAAGCAGGACAAAACGUUGGGAAGACAAUAGAUGACCUCUCAGACAAUAGAAAAAGUUUGCUUGCAAAUAUAGCAUCAAAUACAGAAGUUAUUCAACAUAUAGUGGCUGUUGAAGCUGGCCAGCCAGGCAGUAGCACUGAGAAAGAUAUAAAUGAACUAUCAGAGAAGAGAAGAUUUCUGCUUACCAGUCUGAAAUCAAAUUUGAAAGAUCUGCAACAAGCAGAGGCGCUUGCUGCUAGCCAACCAAGCAGUAUGAAUGAGAAAAAAGUAUAUGAGCUAACUGAACAAAGAAGGAUGUUGACUUCAAGUUUAGAAGCAAAUCUACAAGAUCUGCAACAAGCCCAAGCUCUUGCAGCAGGCCAAGUAGUAAAAUGCAGACCUGAUGGUGAUGAGAGGAAACUGUAUGAGCUAUCAGAAGCAAGAAAGGUUUUGCUUGCAAGUCUGGAAUCAAAUCUGAAAGAUCUGCAACAAGCACAGGCUUUUGCAUCUAGCCAACCAAGCUCUAUGACUGCGAGCAAAGUAGAUGAGCUAACCAAGAAAAGAGAGAUUCUGGCUGCAAAGCUGGAAGAAAAUCUAAAGGAUCUGCAACAGGCACAGGAUUUUGUAGCAGGCCAGAGAGGAAAGGAGAGAUCAAGUGACGUGGACAGCCCCGUUGGGGGCGGCUCCACGGCACUCCACCGGAACAGACUGACUGACUUGGCUUCAUUCAUUGCUACAUCUGGUGACCCCGACGUGAUACCCCCUGCUCACCGGCUGGAAUAGCCUCCGAUGCAUCGACCCUCGCUGAAUAGCCCCAUUUCGCAAUGAUACACAGGGAGGAGAUGGGAGAAUUGAGCAGCGAGGGAGAAUUAAGUAGCGAGGAGAUAAGAAAGUUAUUGGCUGCGUUCCCAGUGACACAUCGCCCUGGCAACGCAGAGGGGGUGCCUGAAGUAAAGAUCACAGCCCUCCCCUAUUCUGUUCUGCGAGAGGCGAGACGAGCGGCUACUGAGUCCGGAUUGGAAUCCACCUUUACUCGAGGCAUGUUAGAAGAAAUUAAUCAUCACAAGAAAGAAAUACAGCGGCUGCAGAAAGAAAUCGAACGCCAUAAGAAGGCAUUGGGGGGGGCCUACACUCCCGAGCAAUUGUAUGGAGCAGGACAGUUCGCCGCUAUACGAGAGCAGGCAGAUAAUCCUGAUGCCCAGUGGGAAUUAAUGAGGAAACUCGCUUAUCGGUAUCCUCCUUGAGGGACUGGUAGAUACUGGAGCUGAUGUUACAGUCAUCUCCGCUUGGCAGUGGCCGUCCACCUGGGACUAAUCCAAAGUGCCAGCCAUUUGGGGAGUGGGCGGAUUGCAGGCUGUUCAACAAAGCACCCGAUGGAUUGCUAUAACUCCGAGAGAAGGGGGAAAGGAGAUUUUUCCUUAAGCCCUAUAUUAUGGAUAUUGCUGUAUCCCUAUGGGGAAGAGACUUGUUAAGUGAAUUUGGAUUGCAUUUUACUGUUUAUGAUUAAGGCCAGUGCUGUUAGUGCCUGGCCAAGUUUUGCCGCUUGUGUUUGGGUGUAGUUAAGCCCCCCUUUCUCUUGGCUGUCCGCCAAGUUUGAGCAGUUGGAGGUGUUUAACCCAUUCUGUUCCUUUUGGAUACCAUUCAUGAUUGAGUUUAUUGCCCUUUCCCUUGUAUGGCUAACCAGUACCCCUGUGUGGGUGGAAUAGUGGCCACUGCCCCAGGAGAAAGUUUUUUGCAUUGUAUCACUUAUGUGAGGAACAAUACCAGGUGGGCAAUGUGGAAAAAUCCACUAGCCCCUGAAAUUCGCCGGGUUUUGUUAUCAAGUAAAAAUUUGGUAAAUGGCAAAUUCUCCAUGAUUUUAGAGCGAUUAAUGCAUGCAUUUAACCCAUGGGACCCCUGCAGUGUGGAACCCCAAAUUCCAGUUUCAUUUUAUAUGAUUAUUAGCUUAUGAUAAUAGGUUUUAAAGAUUGUUUUUUUAAUGAUUUUUCCUUGUUUUAAAGAUAGGGAGCUUAUUUUUCCCAGGGAGGUGAUGGUGGUUUUUAUUUGAUUUUUUGGACCCCUGCCCCCGGGCACAAUGGGGUUAAUCCUCCCUUGUUCCCAUGCCGGAAAAUAUGGCAUUUAGAUAGUCCCCAGGGUAAUAGAUAGUGAUUAUGUGGAAAAAAUUUAUGUUUAGAUUUGGGCUCAUAUGCCAAAAUAGCAGCACCAAGGGGACUCAUGGGCCCAGAUGGUGAUCCUUCCCUUCCCUUUUUGGCUAAUAUAUUUUGCUAUUGCCUGGCCGAGUCCUGCCGUUUUCAUUGCAGCUUUUCUUGGCUGUUCGCCAAGUUCCCCUUCUUCUUGGCUGUCUGCCAAGCCCUCCCUUCUGCGAAGCGGUGUCCUUGACUGAGUCAGUGUUUUGGGUUUUUUUUCCUUAAACUUUUCAGUUAACCCAUUCUGUUCUUUUCGGAUUCCAUUGAUAGUCAUGCAUUUUUUUUAUUGAAAUGCUAAAUUUUUAGUGAAGCAUUUAAUGAUCCCCCUAAUUCAGGCCCUAUGUAUUGUUUAAAUUUGUAAUUAUUGUGCCAGUUUUUAUUAUAAUUUUGAAUUGGGUGUUAACCCCUGCGGCCUUUAAUUCAAUUAAAUUUGGCAAAUGGAUGUCACGCUUUAUUCCCCUUUUUUUUCUUGGAAAUAUUUACAUGUUACCAUUGAUACCUACUUUUAUUAAAUUUGGGCCACCCCCCAAUGGGGCAAAUAGGCCAAACAUGUAAUUAAUUAAAUUUUUGCUGCGGUGGCCGUAAUGGGCCGCCCCCCCGAUAGAUAAAAACCGAUAAUGGCCCCGCCUACAUUUUUUACAGAUAUGCAGAUUUCUGCACGCAGUGGCAAAUUAACCACGUUUUUGGUAUUUUGUAUAAUUCCACAGGUCAAGCCAUUGUGGAACAGACCAAUUGUACACUUAAAGAGUACCUGAUAAAGCAAAAUAAAACAGUGGGGGAUGAUGGGCCAAUCAUGGGAGCCAAGCAAAAUUGAUUAGUGAUAGUUUUGUUUACCCUAAAUAUUUUAAAUAUCUUUCAGAAUUUUACAGCCACUGAAUGACAUUUAAGACGGAAACCCCGCUCCCAUGCCCAUCUGUCAAAUAUAGGCAGAGCCCAGACCCUAAUUGGUAUGGCCCCGUUCCAUUGAGAACCUGGGGACGGGGGCAUGCCGCUGUGCUUACUCCCACAGGUCCGUUGUGGGUCCCUGCCAAGAAUGUGCGACCGUGGCACAAUGACGUGGCAUCAAAGCCUCAAGAACCCGAUACCCAACUUCAAUCUGACCCUAACCGAGACCUUUCCAGUGUGCCGAGCCACAAAGACGGCACCAAAGGUUACCUGGGGGCAGGUGAAACGACUGGCGCAGCAGGCUCAGCAAAUGCUGGAGAAUAACAAGGCCAAGCCUACCCCCAAGAAUUUUACUGCUGUUAUCUUUGCUUGUUUGAUUGCUAAUUUUUUUACCAUAUUGUUGCGUUGGUUUUGUGUGUUACAGGCUAGGGCCGAACCCGAAUAGCAUAGCCGCAUGCGUUAUAAUAUGUGGGCUCGAUUUGCGAUUUUUGCCAAUUAAUUUUCCUUUUGUUUACAGCAGGCCCCUAAGAUGCAUGGCCUGUUGGGCACCUGCCUGGUCCCAGUAUGUAAGGCGCCGGGCAGUGCUGCACAUGCAAUGGGGAUGUUUAAUUUUAUAAAUGCUAUAUUAGAUAAUAGAGCGGUAAUUGAUUACCUGCUAUUGUUUAGCCAUGUGGGAUGUGAAGAGGUAUAUGACAUGUGUUGUUUUAAUCUGACAGACAAUUCUAAACGGAUUCAUGCACACAUAGAUAACCUCCAAGAAUUGGCACAACACAUUCAGCAGGACAGGAACCCAUCAUGGUGGGAUGACCUUUGGGCGUGGCUGCCAUCCAUGGGAUGGGUCCGAAUUGUUUUGCAAUAUGCUUUGAUUGUUAUCGCCUGCUUGAUUGGUUUUUGUUGCUUUGCUCAGUGUAUUCCUAAUAUAAUUAGGAUGUGCUUU